CGAAUGCACAUGAAUGCGGCACAGCGCAUCCUCAUCCAGUACGUCACAUUGACGUCCUGUGCGGAUAAGUAGAUGUCCUUACUGUUAAAAUCAUAGCUUUAUAGUCUUAAUAUUUUCUUGAUGUAAAAGGGCGUUUUAAAGCUCGGGAGAGAAGCAGCAGCAUGCAGCGGAACGCAGUGGUCGUGGUGGCGGACAAAACGAGCCUGAAGAGGCCUUUUAUUUUUGCAAAUGCCGUGCAUAUGGCGCUGUGCUUCUUCAUGUUGACGAUGACAGUGGCUUGGCACAGAGAUCUCAUACAAACUGGCAAACUGGUGUCCAGCGCUUCUGUAGUGAUAAUGUACAUCAUGGAGAUCGGCUGCCUGCUGCUGUCAGUGCUUGGUGUGUUCGGAGCCUUUAAAGGAAAGAGAUGGUGUUUGAUUUUGUAUGCAACUGGGAUGGCAGCAGCCAGUCAAACAAUAAUUAUCAGAACAGCGCUAAGUUACCAAGAUGUUUAUGAGAAACGUGUGGUCCGUGAAGAGUCUAAGCUGCUGUCCAUGAUGCCACUUACUGCAACCAGCAAAGCCAACAGGACGCUGCUGUAUAGUAUUCAACGUGAAUUUGAGUGCUGUGGUCUUAUUGAAGGCUACAAAGACUGGGGCUCUUCCAUCCCUGCUUCCUGUAACUGUCAGUAUCCAGGAAAAUGCAUUCGACUACGGGGCAGCGCCACACUUGGAGCGCCAAAGAACCAGUAUGUUUAUCAAGAGCCUUGCCUACCAAUUUAUGUCUCUGAACUGAAGCUCGCAUUCACAUUGGCGAUGGGUAUACAAUUUGGAAGUGGAGUUUUUUGGGCGGUUUUGCUUGUCAUGAGCAUCAAGCUGAUGGGCCAGAUAAAAAGGAAACAGGAGUUCAUGGCUCUUCUCCAGUCCAACAGAUAUGUUCCAGGUGCCUUCUAGUCACCAAGUACAUUUUGAUAAACACUCCCAAGUUAUUAUCAAGAAUACUAUUUGAAUUUGCACAUGUAAACACAUUAUGCUGUAUACUGUAUUCUUACUAUUUUAUGCCAUAGCAACAUAUGUUGACAUUAUAAUUUUCUAUUAACAAGUGUUAAUGCAUGUAACUUAUAAUGGAAAGUAAUCUACAUGCAUAGAUCAAUUUCAAAUGAGCAUUAUUUUAGCCCUACUGCUGUACAGACAGUGCUAUGUAAUGAAAUUAAUUAAUCUUUUACAUGCUUUUCUGUUAUGUCACCAAGCAGCUGCAGCCUAACUUGGCAUUUUGUUAUUUACAGUAAGUGUUGUAUUAUCCUGAUAUUCUCUCUCUCUCUCUGUCCUUCAUACCUGGACAUAUUCACCAGUCAGAUAUUAACCCAGCUGCAUCUCCUGUACCUAAAACUUUCAAUUUGGGGCUGAAGCUAGAUUCUGCUGACAAGUUUCAAGAUUUCAGUGUUUUGACCUGACGUGUAGUCUUCAUGUUCCACAUCAUCUGCACAGCCACGAC